CUCCUGUCGCGUCUCGUGACGCGCAUUGAGAACCGCGUUCGUCGAUUCCUCGGCAUGUAAACAAAUUAAUCACAAUCUGUGAAUUAAUAAAGUUCAAAACACGAGACCGCAUGCGAGAUCUCGAAACGUGAUUUACAACCGUGCGUUCCGAGGAUUCGAGGAUUCCGAGACUUCUUGCGGGCCUUGUUACGCGGUUAUUGGAGGUUAAAUACGCGGGAGUCGGGAACGAACCGACCAUGAACUCGAACGGGAUAAAGCUGAUGAAGAAAGCCGACCCGUAUCCGCAGGGGGUGCGAUGCCAGAAGUGUCUGGAGAUGGGACACUGGAGUUACGAGUGCAAAGGCAAGAGGAAGUACCUGCACAGAUCUUCUCGCACUUCGCAGCUGAAGAAGGCUCUUCAGCAGAAGCAAGAGGAUAACGAUAAUCAGGAGCAAAAGGAAAAAGUGAAGAAGGGUAAUGUCAGAAAGAAAAUGAGGAAGGAAGAGUCCAGCAGUUCGAGCACCUCGAGCUCCUCUAGCAGCGAGAGCAGUAGUGAUAGUAGUACCAGCAGUUCCUCGUCGGACAGCGAAUCGGACUCUAGCGACAGUGUGUCUAGCAGCAGUAGUAGCAGACGUAGCAGUAGUAGUAGUAGCAGCAGUUACGGUUCCUACAAAAAGAAAUAGCACGUACAGAUUGUAAGGUAAACCGAGGAAAAAUCUCCUUUUGAUUGCUCUGUCCCGCCUUUGACAAAAUAAUCAUCGUCCUAUCCUGAGCACAAUGUCAUUUUGCCUUCGAGCGGGAUAACUCGAGAGAGGAAAGAGCUGACGGACAGUAGAAUACUUGUGACAAAAUUCUUUAUGCCUCUUGUACAAGGUACACGUGUAAUUUGUCAACAAAUAAUUUUUACCUCAACCUUUAAGUGCAAGACAUGCUUGCUUAAAAUGGAAAUUUUGAUGAUUACUUUCUAUUUUUUAGUUUUAUAAUCUAACUACAUGUUAAGAUGACUUGUUACAUUUCUGCUAUUCAGCUUUUAUAUGACGUAUACGUAUGAUAUAUGUAUAUCUUACUAUAUAAGACUAUUUUCUUCACGUUACUUUAUGAGAAUUCGCAUUGCAUUAAUAGUAAUCACAUUAUUUCUUUUCAUAAAGAGUUUAGAACUUAAUAUGGAAUGUAAAUGUGAAAAUCAAUUACUAGUUAUUGUAUAGAAUUGAUAUUUAAAUAUAAUCUAUUAUUUUUUACUGCUGUACGCACAUAUAUAGAUGUAUGAUAGAAACGAUAACGGGUUGAUUUAUUAAAAACACAGUAUAUUUAAUGACGGAAUUGCAAUGAUCGUAUUCGUGUGACAGUAUUCAAUAUAGUGAUAUUAAAAGAUGUUAAUCAGCGCUCUGUCAGACAUCUCAACGUCAAUGUGUCGAUAUAAAAAGUUUAUGUGUGGGAUAUAAAAAAAAAACAUCGCUGUUUGUUACGUAUAAUCCAAAUACAUGUACAAAAAAUA